AUGACUGCGGCCCUGCUCGCUCUCCUCCUCCUUCCAGCGCUCAACGACGACGCUGACCCUCGCACCCUCGUCCGCUGGGCCUCGUCGCGCUGCGAGCCGGCCGUAAGCGGCUCGUGCGGCCGCGAGCCGCACGGCUACUGCGACGCAUCGGUCGGCCGGUGCGUCUGCUCGCCCGGCCGCUUCGGUCCGCGGUGCGAGCAGAUGCACUACCCGGCCUGCCGGCUGCACCCCGACGGCGAGAUGGCGUGCGACACCUUUGUCGGCCUCAUGUCCUGCGCGUGCCGCCUCUCGUGCGAGCAGAGGUACGGCUCGAUGGCGCGGUUCAACACGCCUCUCUGCUGGGACGAGUCCGUGUCGGACGAGGAGCUUAGCCGCCGACUCGAGUCCACCGACCGCAUGCGCACGAACGAGCACUUGGAGGAGGACGAACGAACCCGGGCGGGCGCACGAACCACACCACCACCUCUAUCUAGCAAGCAGAGGCUCAUCGUUCAUACCCAGCGUCACUUUAGUUGGGAUAUCUCUCAUUGCGGCUCUACCUAUCUAGAACCUAGCCCAGUCACGGACCGGCGUUGGGUGAGAAAUCAGAACGGCUCGAUUUGGCUUCUGCACGACCUCCAGCCACUGUGUCCACGAGCGGAGGCAAAUGCAGUCCGGCACGUCGCCGAUCCUCAUGUAAUACUUGAACCGCCCUGUGAAGUGCGCCAUGUGGUAUGGCACGAGCGUGUCGCAGCCGUCGCUCAGGAAAGGAGUGCAAAACGCGUCCUUCGCGCCCUCGCUGGCCGGCAUCUUGUAGAGCUCACGCACGAGUUGCGGCCCUUUGUGCCGAUUGUCCAGGGGCGCCAUGCGAGCGUGAGAGUAGCCGCGCUGCUCUGCGUCCGAGCAAUUCACGGCGCGCUGCGCAGAGGGCAGCCGUCGCGCUUGGGCGUUGACGAGGCGCAAAUUUCGCCGACAGGAUCCGCUGCAAACCGCCACGCGGUCGGCACGGGCCAACGCUGCCGCAACCAGCCGCCGUCCCUCAGUUGCGUAACGUCGAGUACUCGGAAGGGCGCUGCCGAUGAGGCAAGGACAGUCUUGCUGCACCAGGCGACGAGCGAUGUGAGAAAGGCGGCGAACGAGGUCUACCAGCGGCAGCAACGGGGGUGGCUGGUGUAA